AUUGUUCUUGAGCUGAUUCCUUCACUCAGAAGGCUUUUGAAAAGAAUAGGCCAGCCAUGGCAACCACCAUCAACUAAGGCUUACAGCGGAUUUCUAUCAAGCCUGUUGAGAGAAUGUGAGAAAAACAGAGUUGCUACAUUGCUUGACUGGAGGAUCUACUAGAACAAUCAUAGAAUUUCCGUGAUUAGUAAGCAAUCACACUGAAGUGCAGAGAAAGAGUAAUGGCCACACAGAAAAGGCCACUUGCAAAGAUGUUAUGCCCACUUCCUCCCCCUGCUCAUGAUUUCCGAGUUGGAUUGCUGCAUCUUAAGAACGGUCAAAGGAUAAAGCCCUUGCAAGCAUUCCCUCAGGUGGGGGAACUUCCUGCUGUGGCAGGUUUAUUGCUUUACCCAGAUAAGCAUGAGAAGAUGGUAACAACGACAGAAAUAGCUUUUGGCCCCAAACCCUAUGCCAAGAUUGAACCAAAGAAGAUGCUGAAGUGCAGUCUGAUUCUGGAGGGGGAUCAAAGCUACAUAACAACCAACCAAGAGGCUUAUCGAGCUCAGGCUUUGCACAGUGAUCCAUUGAUGAUGAUGAGAAAAAGUCCAGUAAGACGUGAGAGGACUCCAACAACACACUACCAAACACACUACCAACAGAGCUUCGUCCAACCCCAGUGCAUUUACGGGAGGAGACUUCAAGCCCUGCCCCGCCCUGAUAACCUUGCUGUCAACCCAGCACUGAGGACUGACUUUAAAACAGUCCAAAUGGAGACCUACCCAGGAUGGGACAUCUCUCUUCACUCUCGUCCUCUUCUGGCUCAAAUGAAGGAGCAAUUGUCACUUACUGAGAAGGCACCCAAACCGUGUACCGCUACAAAAAUGGCUUCCAGCUCAGUUUCUUCAGUCAGCGGUAGAUGAUCUGAAUACGUCAAGGUUCCCCAUCAGCAGAACCACAGAAUGAAGAAACUGGACCACUCCCCACUGCUGCUUUGCCAAAAUCACCAUCAGACCUAGCACACUUAAAGGCAUGCUUGGGCAAAAAACUAACUAACACAAUUUUCCCCUUUACUCUAAAUGUAGUCAAUCAGAAAUAUUUAUUGUUUGAAGUUUGCAUCUUAAUUUUUCAUUGAAGCUAUAAGCCUAUUGUACUGUAAGUAAUGGAAAUCUUUGUUAACCCCAAAUCUUUCAUCUUGUACCAUGCCAUCAUUUUCUUAUACCUGCUUCAAACAUCAUUAUUAAUCAUUUAUUCACUCAUAAAAUGCAUUUGUAAAGUAUGUGGUAAAACAGACAGUUCAUAUUUACAAUUGUAAGUGCAAAGUGGAUUAUAUUAUAAUAUUUAAAUCACAAACUUUUGGAGGCAAAGCCUUGAUUGUGGAAUGAUACCAAAGUAUCCUGAAGAAAAUUGUGAUUCCAACUGUCUAAGAGGGCUACAUCAUUAAGUUUUGUUCAUGUUUAUAGAUUACGUUAAGUCACACUGUGUCCUAAACCACAUAAACAAGUGAAUGUGUGACAUCCCUGAAGAUCUACAUGUGAAUGCAUGGAUUUACAUCACACAUCAUAUCUUGGUUGGUCAGAUACAUUUGGGGCGAACAAUUGUGUAUAUUAUAUUUUUCCCCAAAACCACCCAUGUGUUCUGUUAGGGUCAAAAUGAAAUCAUAUUAUUAUUUUUCCCCAGUGUGAAACUUUAUGUGAUUGGCUCAUAUUCUCUAUUGAACAUAAAAAAGGACAAAUUUAUUUUUGGUGCAUCUGCUAUACCCUGUCUUCAUGUUCUGGUCAUUUUGACUGAAGAAAAAAAAAAAGGAUUACAAAAAUUUGUGAACUAUCAGUUGGCACCUAACAAUUUUAACAAAAAUAAAAU